UAUGUGCUAAAUCGAUUUGUAUUUAUAUGAAUCGAUUAUUGAUCUGUUAAACUUAAACUGAUUCAAAUCAAUUAAUCGAUUUUAUUAAACCCAGCCCUUCAAAAACAGUGUUUUAUGUGUUUCAGAAAUAAAUGAUUCUGUAUAUAAAUGGUAUUGAAUCCUUCACUAAUAAAAAAAAAAAAAACGGUUAGAACAGUUGAAAUAUGGUCCCAUUUGUUAGCAAAAUCCUUUAUUCUUAUUUUUAUUAUUGUUUUACCUCAAUUAUUUUGCAGUUAUUGUUGCUUUAUUUAAUUUUAUUUUGGAAUUUUCCUGUCAAAUGUGAAAAUGUUGUCAUUGGUACGUGUUGUGGAGUGUCAAUGUGUCUGUAUUUGCAAUAUUUGUCAGUAAAGUAAAAAAAAAAAAAAACUUCCUGGUUCGCAUCAUCAACAGUUAACACAAUUGUUCUCAGAGAAUAACUCAAAUUUCAGUUAUUAAAUAUGCUAAUGAAUUCUAGAGACCCCCCAAUAACACAUUCAGAGCAUCCUGGAUCAUAAGCCUCUCACAGAGAUUGUUUUCUGAAACAUUUCUGCUUGAUGAAAGUCUGAGGAGGACAGGACGUCUGAAUCUGUUCAUCCUCACACAAACACAGAGAAGCUGCAAAUGGACGUUUUAUUUGUUCAUCUUCAAAGUGAAACGCUGUGAUUAACGGAGAAAAUCACUGAUUGGUUUCUGUUCUAUUUUCCAGCUGGGACUGCAUCAGCCUGAACACCCCCCGCCCCCAAAACCACCACCUCUUUUUCAGUCCUCUUGCCCCUCACCAGGACCACUUGGUUUGAGGCCCUCCUCUCAGCGGACCAACCAUGACGGACAGAGCGACCUUCAGCACCCCCAAAACCACCCCAAGGCCGACUGCAGCCCCCCUUCUCCCCCCCGAGCCCAUCGACAUCAUCCGCACCAAAGCCCGGUCCCGGCGGGUCCGGCUGAACGUGGGAGGUCUCACUCACGAGGUGCUGUGGAGGACUCUGGACCGGCUGCCCCGGACCCGUCUGGGACGGCUGCGGGACUGCAACACUCACGAAUCUCUGCUGGAGAUCUGCGAUGACUACAGUCUCCCUGACAACGAGUACUUUUUCGACCGGCACCCCAUGGCCUUCUCCUCCAUCCUGAACUUCUACCGGACCGGGAAGCUGCACAUGAUGGAGGAGAUGUGCGCUCUGUCCUUCGGGCAGGAGCUCGACUACUGGGGAAUCGAUGAGAUCUACUUGGAGUCUUGUUGCCAGGCCAGAUACCACCAGAAGAAGGAGCAGAUGAACGAGGAGCUGAGGAGGGAGGCGGAGACGCUGCGGGAUAAGGAGGGGGAGGAGGAGGACCAGGGCUGCUGUCCCGACAAGAGACAGAAGCUGUGGGACCUGCUGGAGAAGCCCAGCUCCUCAGUGGCUGCAAAGAUUCUGGCCAUGAUCUCCAUCCUCUUCAUCAUCAUUUCCACCAUCUCUUUAUCCCUCAACACUCUGCCUGAGCUUCAGGUUGUGGAUGAGUUUGGUCAGUUCAGCGACAACCCCAGUCUGGCCCAUGUGGAGGCCGUCUGCAUCGCCUGGUUCACCAUGGAGUACCUGCUCCGCCUGCUCUCAGCUCCCAACAAGUGGGAUUUCAUCAAGGCGCCGCUGAACAUUAUUGAUUUACUGGCUAUUCUGCCUUACUACGUGACCCUCUGCCUGACUGAAUCCAACAAGAGCGUGAUGCAGUUUCAGAACGUGCGCCGCGUGGUCCAGAUCUUCCGGAUUAUGAGGAUCCUGAGAAUCUUAAAACUUGCGAGACACUCUACAGGUCUGCAGUCUCUGGGUUUUACAUUGCGAAGAAGCUAUAAUGAGCUGGGUCUGCUCAUCCUCUUUUUAGCCAUGGGCAUUAUGAUCUUCUCCAGUUUGGUCUUCUUUGCUGAGAAGGACGAAGAUGCUACCAAGUUCACCAGCAUCCCUGCCUCCUUCUGGUGGGCCACCAUCACAAUGACAACUGUUGGCUAUGGGGAUAUUUACCCACAAACCCUGCUGGGUAAGAUUGUCGGGGGGCUCUGCUGUAUCGCCGGUGUGCUGGUCAUUGCUCUCCCCAUCCCCAUCAUCGUCAACAAUUUCUCUGAGUUCUAUCGAGAGCAGAAGAGGCAGGAGAAGGCCAUCAAGAGGAGAGAAGCUCUAGAAAGAGCCAAGCGAAGUGGAAGCAUCGUUUCCAUCAACCUGAAAGACGCGUUUGCUCGUAGUAUGGAACUCACUGACGUCUUAGUGGAGAAAAGAGAGGAAAGUAAAUGUCCAGUUGACAACCACUUGUCCCCGAGUCGUUGGAGCUACCACAAGCAUUACUCCAACACAGAGGCGAGCAGCCCUGGCAAGUCCCAACACUACCAGGAAGUCUUCCAGCAAUGCUCCCCUGAACGAGGAAAACCCUCGCCUAACAGAGCCAUCGCCCAACCCCUCAGCACGAGGAAGGCCGACGACGCUUCCAAAAGAACCGCCAACAUUAAAGGAGAGCGGGAAAAGCCAAUGCAGGACCAGAUGGGCAUUCAUGUGGUGACCUCCAUCCAAGGCCGGCAAACUUCACCGAAACAGGGAAAAGGCUCCAACAUGGCCGAUGAGCUGUCAUCAGAGAGAGGAGAGAGAAGCUCUCUCCUCCCAAGGGUUGAAGGAGGUCCGUCUGCUCUUAGGCAGCAGCGGAUCCCCCCUCCUUUGGACCUCAGUCAGAUCAGCACCGCUGAAGCAAAUCUGUGUUCAGACAUCAUCCGGCCAGGAACCAUCAUCAAAGAGGGCCUGUAUGAGUUUCUGUCCAGUCCCAAAGAAGGACCUUUGACCUCACAGGGCUCAGACAGCUGCUCGGUGGCGGCCGACAGCGUCUGCAGCUCUGUGCAGGACUACAGCAGCCCCCACAAGAGGAAAGUCCUCAAGGUGGAUUUCAUUGAAUCCCAUGAUGACAUUCUUAUGGCGGUAAUGACUCCCGUGGCCACCUCGGCCCCCGUCAGCUCAGCAAAGUUCGAUGAACUGCUCUCUGAUGACAUGAUUUCCAGGAUCUCUGCAUCUCCUGGCUCUGUGGCACACGAGGCAAAGCCUCAACCCUCGCCUCUGGCCCAGCAGCCCGUCAGCCCCGGCAUCUCCCAGGGGGGAGGGGAGGGCUCAGUGGCCAGGAGCUUAGAAGGUGAAGGACAGCUCACGGGUUUAAGUCACCAAGGGAAGAAUCACAUGGAGAAGUCUGCUGUCGUCUCCAGCCCGCUGUCAUUUAAAACCGCCGCAGUCAACUGCUCCCAGGAAAUGGUCACGAUGGAAGGAGCAAACGAGGGAGCUGAACCAGAAGAAGGAGCGCAGGCCGGGGAAAAAGGAGAAAACCACAUCGCUGUCGAUGGAAGCCUGUCACCGGCAUGUGAGACGAGCAUGUGAGCUCAGACUGAAGGAGAUGUGCGCAGACACCAUCACAUGCACUGUAGUGGCACAGCUGUUUUCCUGGAGAGAAAAACACUCGUCUCAUUCCAGAGAAAACGACGCCACUGACGCCUUCCAUCCAGAAGCUCAACUCUUCUGGUUCUCUUCUGGUGGUCUUCACAUGCCGGGGCGCUCAGACUGGAGGAGGACAGGGCCUGGACUCUCUGGUCUGAUCUGUGAACGUGUCAACCAUGAAGCCAUUUGAUCAAAAUGAACUACAAGCACCAAAGAAAGAGACGGCACAACACUAUUUAUUUUUUAUAUUAAUUAAAGCGAAUUGAAACACUUUUCUUCAGGUUGCAAAAGGAUCAAUCUAUUGUAUUACAGACCUCAUAAACACCAAGUCUAAGCAUGAAUCUAUUGCCAGAAAAAGAAACACAACAAAGAGUUUGUCUUAUGGCUCUUCAGACCCUUGUUUACUUUUUGCUUUUGUUUCUAUUUCUCUCCCAAAUGUUUUUCUAUCACAUUUACCUGCAGUGACUGCAGGAUUUCCAGUCAAAGAUGGAAAAAAUGAGAGACUCACCUUUGUUUAUAUGCACGACUAUUUGCACACGAUUCAGGUCCUAAACAGGGGGGGGGGGUGCCUGUCACAAAUGUUGCAGCCAGGUUUGUGUUCCGUCUUUGUGGGUUUCACAAGCUGUCCUCAGGCCCGUUGUGACCCAUCAGUGUGGACGGAUGGAUUGAACAACUAAAUGGGAAACACAAAGACGGUGUUUGGAACUGCCAAAUCCUCUGAGGGCGAGUCGGACUUCACGCCGGACAGACCCGAGGCUUGGAUGGAGGAGAAUGCUGGACGCGCUGGUGUGUUUUUCCAGAUCAAACAUGACGCAGUGAUGUAAGACGUUUCUUUUCUGGUCUCUGUGAGACUGUUUUGUAAAGGAUUGCAUCUGAAACUGGCCUGACUGAGUUCCACUGAGCAAACCAGUCAACUACAGCUGCAGUGACUUCAACUGGACAAUGAAACACCCUUCAUUUACAGUGAGGGAGGAGGUUCCCCUGUGCAGGAGGCACGCUUUGCUGCUUUAAGAAGCGUAACAGUGCCCCCUACAGGCAUUGUUAUGAGACACGGAUUCUUCAUUUUUCUGAAAUGAGCAGCAUCUUUUGUUUGAUUUGGUGAUCAACUAAAUGUUCAUCAGUCAGUUCGUAACGGACCAAUCACAAGCUGGGUCACGUUCCCGGCGAGAUGAAGAGACUUGUGCGGAGUUGUGAAAGUUUGAAACCCUGUGCCUUUUCAUAAAUUCAUUUAUGAGAAGGUGGAAGAAUACUUGUAAAAAAAAAAAAACUAUUUUCUUUUUUUGGUCUUUUUCUUCUUAUUGAUUGUUCUCGUGUAGAGGUAUUGUUCUGUUUCCACAUUCUGAGGUUUGUAGAUUUCUCUGCUUUGUUUUCCUGCUCCACCUGCUUCAGCUCAGAUAGUGGUCAUGGUGUUGUUCGGUUAUUCCUGCGCUUCAUGCUCGGUAAAAGGCAGUGAAACUCACCUUGAGUUAGAAGGAGGGCCGUUGUCUAUGCAGAGGGAGGUACCCACUGUUAAUGUGGAGCUGCAAGCAUGAACUGGACUUAGACAGUAGAUGUUGAGUGUGGACAUGAUCCAGCAGUAACUUCUCAGUCCUUUAUGCAGCCUAUGCCAAGUGUUCCACUCUUAAAAAGCACAAAAACUGUACAGAACGUUCAUAUAAAUGUUAUUUUUAUGUAGAAUGCAGUUCAGGAGAAACUGCACUGUGUCCAGCAGAACAACUGUUCAAAAAUGGCUUCAUAGUGUUUCCGUACUAAUCAUUGCACUCUUUGUCAUAUUAAUGGUACUGUUGAUAGAAAGUAGGACCCAAAGCUGGCCCGGUUUAGAGUGAGGCCGGCUCUGACAAGGAUGGAAAGCUGUUCAUUAUGUGAAUAAAAGCUGGGAUGUUCUGCAAACAUCAAAAGCUGCGUUUACAUGUGCAAAGUAUCCUUGAUCAGAUCAAAGAUCAGAUCAGAAUAGAACUGUGCACAUGGACCCUGAAAAACUUCAUCUGAUUGUAGCAAACGUUUCCAUACGGAACACGGUUGAUCAGAAUAAAUCAUGUUGACAUGCGCAGAACUGUCGAAAAUACCGGAAAUAGUCGUAGAAGAAGAAAUAAUGACAAACAAAGAUCACGUAUAGAGCAAGAUGAUCUACUGAGUGUGCUUUUAUUAUUAUUAAUAAUAUUUUAAGAGCCUGUUUGCUCAUAAUUUUCUAAAUCCAUGCAUCAAUUUGCAUACUGCUGAUAUGUGGGAAUAAGAUUAGUCUUUAUUCUGUUUGGAUGUGAUUGGAAAUAUGAAUUUAUUCAGUUCAGUUCAAUUCAAUUUUAUUUAUAUAGCCCAAAAUCACAAAGAAAAUUUGCCUCAUUUGGCUUCAAAUAGAUGUAUGUGAUUUUUACACGGUUUCUCUGGACUGUUCGGUGUGCGGAGCGACAUUUCCGCAUUCAAAAGCGCCUCCGCCGGUUCAUACCGUCCUGAAGUCACUCGGAGAGACAGUUCUCCGGGAGACAUGGUUCUCCUGAAUCCGGCGGGUCUCUCGCACAGAUCAGCCUGACAAGAUCAAGUCUAC